AUGGAUAAUGUUCAGGUCAUUCCCCCAACUAAUGUCCUAUUCGGACUCGUUUUGUGUGUUUUCGGUUUAUACAUGAUUCCUUUUCUGAAAUCCAGAAUUCAUCCCGGAACCCAUAGUCCGAAGAGAAUACGCUAUCCUCCGGGCCUAGAACCAUGGCCGGUUCUAGGUAAUCUCUUCUUCUUUCGCCGACUGUUCAAAAGCCCAGACAAGGAGCUCACAGAGCUGACUCGUCAAUACGGCGACACGUGCAUGUUAUGGUUUGGUUCUCAACCGGUCAUGAUUAUCAAUACGGCAAAGGAUGUGAAGCAACUUCUAGAUAAAAAAGGUGCGAUAUACUCUGACCGCCCAGCCCAAAACUCCUUUAGGGAACAAGCCUGGCCUUGGAGGCUUGUUAAUACUGGAGUAGGCGAGAAGUUCCGCCUUCUUCGACGAGUGUACAAUAAUGUUCUAAGCCCCCAACAGUCUGUGUCAUUCCACAAAUACCAAGACUAUGAAUCUAAGUUUAUGCUUCGAGAUCUAUUGUCAGCGCCAGAGGGGUUUCUUGAUCACACCAAACGAUUCGCACUUAGCGUCAUUUUCAGCGCUGUGUAUGGUGUACGGCUUGUCCAGCUUGAUCAUCCCACCAUGGUCGAGUUUUAUGGCCUCUGGGAAGAUAUGAUGAAGUACUUCCAACCUGGAACAUUGCUAGUAGACUACUUUCCCAUUCUGCAAAGGCUCCCGAGCUUUCUGCAGCCUUGGCUUAGGCUGGCAACAGAACUUAGAACCAGGGAGUCGACAUUGCACCGAGCGUUCCUAGGGUCACUCAAACUGCAAGUUGGAGCCGAAAAUGAGCCAAGAUGCUUUGGCUCUGACCUUGUGAAGAUUCAAGAUAGGGAAGGGUUUGAUGAUGAACAGGUUAUCAAUAUCUUGGCCAUGUUAAUUGGCGCUGGAAGUGACACGACAAGCAGCAUGCUACAGUCCUUCUUUAAGGUGAUGGCCCUAAACCCAGAAGUCCUUCGAGCCGCUCAUAAGGAACUUGACCAGAUCGUUGGGCCGACACGUCUCCCCACAUGGGAAGAUGAGCCCAAUUUGCCGUACAUACGCGCCCUUAUCAAAGAAGUCCACAGAUGGGCACCGAUUGGGAGCCUGGGAGUGCCGCAUGCGACUUCAAUCAGUGAUAUACAUCGCGGGCGGCAAGUUCCCAAGGGAACGAUCGUUUUCCCCAACCUCACAUCCCUAAAUCGUGAUCCGGAACGAUACGAAGACCCCGACAUUUUUAUGCCUGAGCGGUUCCUGGGGGAUGACCUCCAUGCCAAUGCGAGUGCAAACCACCCGGAUUUCCGUCGUCGUGACCAUUUUCAUUACGGUUUCGGUCGUCGGCUUUGUCAGGGUAUAUUCCUUUCGGAGUCGUCUCUGUUUAUUGUCAUUUCUCGUGUCCUGUGGGCUUUUGAUAUAUCUCCUAAACAAGGCGAGCCGCCAUUGGACAUGAAUGAUAAGAUUUCUGGACUUGUGACCAAACCUAAACCUUACCGUGUCAGCAUCACACCUCGCUCAGCCGUCUCGCAGGAGGUGAUUGAGGAGAGCGCCGCAAUGGCUCGGACCGACAUCCUAGACCUUGACUCAAUCGAGAUAGUCGGCAGUCGAAGAGGUGCCCAUCUUGGAUGA